GUCUGGGUGAAGGAGGUGCACGCGUGGUCGUCGACAACAUAAGAAACAGGAUUAUCGCAUUCUUCGUCUUCAAUUUUUUUUUUUUUUAAAUCUCUUGGAAAAGAAUGGCGCCCUGGCAAAUCCUCACUCUCGCAACCGCGGCAUUCUGGACGAUCUGCGCAGCCACGACCCUAGACACGCUGCUUGGGGUCGACCUAGGCGCCUCUGCAGCUGUUGAAGGGUGGGCGGGAGGCGGAGGAGACACCAACAGCACCACCGUCGGCAGAUCGAGAGUCAAGAGACAGCUGAUUGACUUCCCGGACGAUGCUGUGAUGGAGUUCAUCUUCAAGCUGGUGGUUCCUUACUGGACUUACGGGUCGGCGAAGGCCUCCGGAGACUACCGCUUCGAGCUCACCUACGAACUCCCCAACCAGCUCCUCCGCCGUCGACGCAAGCGCAGUCUGGUGGACGAAAGAGCCUCUGUUUACGCUCUGCUCGGCGACUCGCUCUCCAAGGCAGGUUUGGAUGGCGAGGCAUGUAUGUUAAGGGCGGUGUGUGAAGUAGGUGAAUUCCCCUUGGAAGAAUAUGGAAUGUUUGGGGAAUUCCUUAACCUUAUAUUCACUCCAGGUUUCGGGGCGGAUGGCAACCACCACGACUUCGUCGAGGCGGAAGACUACGGCAGGAGCUACGGCAACUGCUGGUCUGCCUUUCCUGACUGCCCAAUGUCGAUGAGGGAGAUGCUUCACGAGUUCUUCCUAAAUAACGCAGAUAUCCCUAAUAAGAAAAAAUAGUUUUACAGUUUCUUUGAUUUGUGUCACACAGAUCCAUGUAUAUUUUACAGGGGGGACACUUCAAGAAUGCAACAUAGGUUUUUCUCUUUCCUGUUUUACUUGUGACAGAUAAUGAUAACAUCAACGUCACAUGAUAACAGACCAAGAAGUUUCUCUAUUUUGUUGAUAAUAUAUAUAUAAUUUAUUUAUUUGUUGAUUACAUGUAUUGUUAAGA